CUAUCAUCCCCUCCUGUUGGUGUCAGUAUAGGGUCACAAAUAUGUUCUCUCCUAUGGCACUGUAGACGAAGAAACUCAUUUUGUCCAAUCAAAUUUUGGGAAGAAAGAUCAGAAGUGUCAGACCAGAGCAGAGAAUGUUGACUACUCUGGAAGGCUAGGCUACCCGUUUACGUUAUGAACAUUCACGUGAGGGUAGGCUAGUUCAAAUUAUGGGAUCUGCAGAAGGUUAAUUUACAAGGGAGGUUUGUACUUCAGUCUAAAUCAUAGGCCUAUACGAUUUCUAGGGUGCUCAUGUCAACAGUGCAACAUUUCACUAAAUUAAAAUGUUGCAUUACGCUUCAGCAGCGUAUAACGUGUAGUUAACAUAAUGUCUGUGUAGUCUUGUGGAAUCUUAAUUUGAUUAGGUAGGAGGCUAACAUGCUCUCUACGGGUAACAUUACCUUUGUGCUAGCUACCUAAGGUCUGCUUCGUCUUUGCCCUGCAUAUUGUUUAAUCACUGAGGGCUAAAUAAUGUCUCUGUCGGAGUCGGAGGAGAAUACCCCGCUAUUGAAAGGCGACGUCGACAGUGAUGAUGACGCGUACAAGAACAGGUGGAGGUCCAUUCGGGUCAUGUACUUCACCAUGUUUCUCAGCAGUGUUGGUUUCACUAUUGUGAUUACAUCUAUAUGGCCUUUUCUGCAAAAGAUUGAUGUCUCCGCAGAUGGCAGUUUUCUUGGCUGGGUGGUGGCGGCCUACAGCCUGGGUCAGAUGGUGGCCUCCCCCCUUUUUGGCCUCUGGUCGAAUCACAGGCCCCGCAGAGAGCCGCUGGUCUGCUCCAUAUUAAUUAACGUCUCGGCUAACAUAUACUACGCGUACUUGUACCUGCCCACCUCCGAGAACAAAUUCCAUAUGCUCAUGGCUCGAGCAUUUGUGGGCUUCGGGGCAGGUAAUGUGGCGGUGGUGAGGGCAUACGUCGCUGGAGCCACGUCACUGAAGGAGAGGACAAGUGCCAUGGCCAACAUGAGUGCCUGCCAGGCUCUGGGCUUCAUCCUUGGCCCAGCUCUGCAAGCAGGUCUAUCAGUGAUUGGCGAGACCGGCUGGUCUUUGGACCUCAUUCGCUUGGAGUUUAACAUGUACACCGCUCCAGCCCUGCUAGCAGCGUGCUUUGGCAUCAUCAACAUCCUUCUGGUCAUCCUGGUGCUGAGAGAACAUCGUGUUGAUGACCACGGAAGGCACAUACGAUCAAUCAACUACAUCUCAGAGGAACGGGUGACCGUUCCUUUAGAUGUUGAGGGGGACAUUGACCAGAUCGCUGUGGUGACCUCCAAUAUCCUGUUCUUCAUCAUCCUCUUCAUCUUCGCCGUAUUUGAAACUAUAUCUACACCUUUGUCGAUGGACAUGUUUGCAUGGACCAGGAGACAGGCAGUUUUGUAUAAUGGAAUUAUACUGGCCUGCAUUGGUUUUGAGUCCAUCCUGGUCUUCCUCGCAGUGAAGGUCAUCUCUCAGAGGGUUGGGGAUCGGCCAGUACUUCUGGGAGGUCUGGCCAUCAUCUUCUGUGGCUUCUUUAUCCUCCUUCCCUGGGGCAACCAGUACCCCAAGAUCCAGUGGGCAGACAUUCACAACAGCAGCCGUACCCAGCAGGCAAUUGCCACCACAGUGUUUGCGCCCAACGCCACCGUGGAGCCCACGGGCUGCCCGGCCGACCAGUCCUGGUGCCUUUACACGCCCGCCAUCCACCUGGCCCAGUACAUCAUCUCCAACUUCCUCAUCGGAGUCGGCUUCUCGGCCUGCAACGUCAUGUCUUACACACUCUACUCAAAGAUACUGGGGCCUAAGCCACAGGGUGUGUACAUGGGCUGGCUGACGGCGUCGGGGAGCGGUGCUCGGACCCUGGGCCCGGUGUUCGUGUCUCAGGUGUACACGCUGUUGGGGCCCAGAUGGGCCUUCAGCCUCAUAUGCGGCAUCGUGAUGGCCGCUACCCUGCUGCUGGUCGGCAUGUACAAGCGCCUCAUCGCCUUCUCCAUCCGUCACGGACGCUUACAGGAGUGACGCGGCAGGAAAGGAUGGAUGGAGGGCGAGUGAGAGAAUCUAAUGGAUGGGUGGAGUUGACAUGAAUGGAUAGAGACCUGGAUGAGACUUUUAAAACGUUUUU